UCCAUUUCUAACUAUUCCUCGGGCUAGUUUGUGUUUGUGAUCAUAACAGUCUGAAACAGGGUUAAGAUCAGACAACAGCAUGGUAAGCAGUCAGGUAGGGGCCGCAGGACGCGAAAUGCUACCGGUAUCACGCAAAACAAAACAUACCGAAUGUUCCAAUUAUUCGUUUGACGGUUCACCGCUGCCGGGACCGCCUGCCUUGAAUGUAAGUGGACCGAAUCUACCGAUAUCGACGCAGAACACGUCAGACGUGAAAGCAGAAGUUAGAGAUGUGAAGAACGUCUGCGCCACGGAGUCACCAAUCCAAACUGGUCAAAAGAAACAGAAGUCCAUAUCUGAAAGAAAAUACCUUGGUGUCAGAGUGAAAAUGCCUGUGCGGGAUAUGCUCAAAAAUAUACGAAUAGCCAAGGGUAUUGAUCCCAAAGAUCUGCAGGGAAAAUCCAAGGCAUCCAUAGGGGAUAAAAAAAGAGUUAACACUGGUGCAAACUGGAAAAAAUGCCUGAAGAAACGGCAAACAAAGAGUCUGGAGGAGCUUGCAAUUAUAGUUGAAGUGCUGGAAGAGGAUCUUAAGACCUGUCAAUCUUUCAGAUCUUCAAAUAAAAGUCUUUCAGCUUCAUACUUUUCAGAAUAUAGAGAAAAGUUCUGGGGUGAAGAUGCAACCCAACAGAGUUGCAUGACCAUAUAUGGUCAGGAGAAUGAGUUCCCUCUGUCUCCAGGCUAUUUGGUACCAUCAGAGAACUCCCCUGUCCAUUCUGUUUGCAGAUCCUACCCCUCCCCAGCUUAUCAUCAGGGUACUGAUGUCUUCUUGGGGAAUCAGGACGAAUAUAGCAGUUUUGAGUCAGAUGACUACAGGUAUGAAGAUCAGUAUGGAAUGACUUACUCUCCUGCCAAAUCAUCUGAAUACCAUGUGCCCUCUCCACAAGAAUCAUUCCAUUUCAGUCCCAACUCAGAAGCCUGGGAGGUGUCCCCAAAUAAGAUGAACCAUCAACCAUGGCGCAGUUCUCAGCAAGACGAGUGGAGCAGUAUGGCCUUCUUCUGCGCACAAAUGCAAAGAGAAGAAAAUCUGCUUAAGGAAAUACCUGAUCAAGAGCUUCUUGCCAUAGACAACAAUGGAAGAAUCCUCCUACACAGAAUGGUUGAGGAUGGAAAGAGAGCUCUUGUAUAUGUUAUUGCCAGAAGGAUGGCAGCUUUGACAAAACUGGAUAUGACAGAUUCAGAGGGAAAGACUCCCCUUCAUCUUGCUGCACAGAGAAAUCAACACUUCAUGGUGGCUGACUUGCUGUCACUUGGUGCAGAUGUCAAUGAGAAGGACCGAUAUGGGAAAACAUGUCUCCAUCUCAGUGCAGAGAAUGGAUAUAUUAGAGUCUUGGAGGUUCUAAAAGGUUUCAUGAGAAAUGGGAUAUUUAUUAAUUUGGAGGAAAGAGAUGCUAACGGGCUCAGUGCGCUGCAGUGUGCAGCAGUAGCGCUUAACCACACGGUGCGAGAACUGGAGCUAUGCAGGUCUGCAGGCCAGGUCCGGCUGCAUACCCUUCGCAAGGAACAGAUGAUGGAAACACUGGAGUGCCUUCUUCAGAUGGAGAGCCAUUUACACGCUUUGGGGCACCUCAAUGCGAAUAAAAGAGGUGUGGAAGACAUGUGAACAAGCAGCCUCCUUUCAGUCAGAUUAAAUUGAGGCUAUCAACAACAUGACUUACAGUUGGUUUGGUUACCUAAGCUGCUGCUUCUAGCAAGUAAUUUGUCUGCCAAGCAAAGCAGAGUUGUUUUAACUGACGGUAAAUGUUUUUGAGUUAAUACAAGCUUUAACCUACCAUUGAAAGCAAGAUAUACAAAUCUAUUUUAGGAAUCAGUUAUUUUUGUUUUGUUUUGGGGUUUUUUAUAAUAUGUAUAUGUCAUGGUAAAGCUAUGUAUUAUGCAACCGUAGGUUUUGUUCAGUGUUCAGGGGUAAGGCAUGGUGUAUCACUGCACAAAAACACAAUGGUUGCCUGUUAGCUGGUUUCUGUGAAACUUCCACUGUUUGCUACGGUUGAGUAGCAAAUACUUAAGAAUUUGGAAUAAAUAAUGUGGUAUGACCUAUGAGUCUGUUAAACACCACAUUAGAUUCUAUUUGCUCCAAGAGCAAAUAGUUUUGAUAUUGAGGACACUGGCAUGGUUAUGUAUACCUAGAUGUUUCUUUUUAAAUGGAGUUCACCCAAAAAUGAAAAUUUUGCCAUCAUUUACUCACCAUCAUGUAAUUCCAAACCCAUAUUAAUUUUGUUACUUUUGCGAAACACAAAAGGAGAAAUUUUAAUGAAUAUCCCAGUCAAUUGUUUUGUAAUACAAUUGCAGUUCAUAGUGAUUAAAAAAAAAAAAAAAAAAAAAGGCUUAAAAAGGACCGAAAUUGUCAUAAAAAUUAGUCAUACAACUCAUGCAUCAUAUUCCAAGUCUUCAGAAGACAUAUGAUAGGUUUCGGUGGAAACAACCCUUUUUUUAAAGAUACAUUCAGGAUUUUUCAUUUAUGUCGUGGUGGUCAGUAUUACAAUUGCCUUGGUCUUACACUGACACCUAGAGGCCUGGAUGCUGCAUCAUUCAAAUGCAAUAGUUUUCAGUAACCGAUGCAAUUGUAAACCAUCACUACUCACAGUCAGCUAUGAUUCAUUUAAUUCAUGAGUGAAAGUUUUCAAUAACAGGGCAGUUACUGAGAUUAAGUGAGUAGUAUUCAGAUGGUUAUGUGAUCCUAAUAUAGCCACCCCCAUGAGGGGACCCCCUCCAUGUAGAAUAAACAGCUUUUAUAAGGUCGCUGAUAUGACUGGAGUCUUCAUCUCAAUUCACCUCUUAAUUUUUCUGUGAAAAUCUUGAUGUCUGUUGCGUGCUCUGUUGCACGCUGUUGAGCGCUAAGGGAAGCUUGUUCCCAUAUGUGCAUGCGACAACUUCUGUUGUUUAGUGCUAAAACCAAUGCAAGUUCUCUGAUGAACACACAACGGACGUAAAGAUUUUUACUGAACAAUGACUUGUUCAGUAAAAAUGAGUUGUCUCACCAAAACCUAUCAUAUGGCUUCAGUAGCCUUGGAAUAUUACGCACAAGUUGCAUGGACUACUUUUAAUUAUACUUUUGGGUACUUUUUUAAGCUUUAAAGUGAGGCACUGUCAGUGGCGGCUCAUCAGAGGAGGCAAGGGAAGCUGAGCCUCCUCAAAAAUUUAUUCAAAAUGAAUGUAACAACAAAAGUGAUCCAAUAAUCAGUUGUUUUAAUCAAUUUGCCUACUAAAUGUACUAACUCAGAUGCCUUUGAUGAAUAUAUAUAUAUAUAUAUAUAUAU